AGUGAACCCUUUUUUGCGCAACGGUCACAAUUUUAGCAAGCCAAAGGAUAUUAAAAAAAACAUUGUUUUUGAAAGAAUUUCUCCCAUGAAAUCAAAUAGGUCUUGGAUCUUAGACUAUUAAACAUUUAUGUCGUCUGAAAAACACUAAUUGGGGUUAGUAAAGCGCUUACAUUUAUUUACCAUUAUCUUAGAUUGUCGAUGUUUUGUACUGACGUGGCCGAUAAUACGCUACGCUAGUUGUUUUUAAACUGAAUUAGUUUGCGAUCCCUUUAUUUUCGUAGCCUUUGAAGAGAAUGAAUGGAUUAAAGAGUCAAAUUGUAGAUAAUGUUAAGAAGAAAUACGUAGCUGCGGUGAUUCUCGCUCGUGGCGGCAACAAUGGAAUUCCCCUGAAGAACAUAAAAUUGCUGGCGGGUGUUCCACUGAUCGGAUGGGUUAUACGGGCAGCUAUAGACUCUGAUGUGUUUGACAGUCUGUGGGUAUCCACUGACCACGAUGAGAUUGAGCGGGUGGCAAAGAAAUGGGGGGCUCAAGUACACAGGAGGAGUGCAGAAGUGUCCAAAGAUACAACCAGCUCCCUGGAAACUAUUCAAGAGUUUUGCCGAAUGAACCCAGAGGUGGACAUCAUCUGUAAUAUUCAGGCCACCUCUCCAUGCCUCCACCCACACCACCUUAUACAGGCAGUGGAGAUGGUGACCAAACAAGGCUACGACUCUGUGUUCUCUGUCGUCCGCCGACACCACUUCCGCUGGCAAGAGGUCACCAAUAAAGAGGCCCCCGACACUAAGGCCCUGAACCUGAACCCAGCCAAGAGGCCCCAUCACCAGGACUGGGCUGGGGAGCUCUGUGAAAAUGGAUCCUUUUACAUCGCCACCAAAAAACUUAUAGAUGAAGGAGUCCUGCAGGGAGGGAAGAUGGCCUAUUUUGAGAUGCCUGCAGACAACAGCAUUGAUAUUGACAAUGACAUAGAUUGGCCUAUUGCAGAACAGAGGGUGCUCAGGUUUGGUUACUUCGGUAAGGACAAGCCAGAGUUGGUGCGGCUUCUCCUGUGUAAUGUGUUGGGCUGUUUGACAGAUGGGCAAAUCUCUCUGUCUGCAAGUGGAGACGAGAGGGUGUCCGUUAACCGCAGAGAUCUGGAUGGUAUCCCCAUGCUGCAGAGAGAAGGAACAGAGGUGAUCCUUCUGACUUCCAGUGAGAACCCCACACUGGGGAGACUCACAGACAAGCUGUCCCAGAAAACGGGCUGUGUUCUGAUGUCUCUGAAUGAGCCGAAGCAGGUGGAGGUUGAGAAACUGAUGAAGGAGAAGAAGCUAGAAUGGAAAGAGGUGGCCUAUAUUGGUAACGAUGUAACAGAUGUGGAUUGCUUGAACCUGGCUGGACUGAGCGCUGUGCCCCUGGACAACUCUGUGGUGACGCUCAAUGCAGCAAAGUACCAGUGCCAGAGUGCAGCAGGCCAUGGUGCAGUGCGGGAGUUCUGCGAGCACAUUCUGCUGCUGAAGAAGAUGCGCACCCUCCAGACAGCAGGGAAUCCUUACUGCAAGAGCUUACCUUUCAAACAGAAUGAGGACGUUUAAAGCAAAGACUCGGUAGGUUCGAAUGUGACUGGAGUGUGCACUCUUAAACAGUGUUUAAGGCUUACUUUAAGCCUCACACUGAUAUCAACAUGUUAUGAUUCAGUGUUCCAACUGUGUUCUCAAAUGUACAUUCAACACAAGAAACAACCUAGCCCAUAAAUUACCCAUAAUUCAUAAACGUUCUGCAAGAUUUUCUGAUUUUCAGGGAAACAGAUUUCCUCUCCACCACUACAGACUGCACUGAACUGUCACACUUGAAUGAAAAAGUUGCUCUUGAAUGAAAAGUCAGUUAAGAAACUGCACAAGAACACCAGAAUUUCUGGCUUUACCAGAUGACAUUAGGUAGGGCGUUAGAUUGGUGUAUAGCCAAUCCUCGCGGAUGAAAUUGCCACAAUUUUACACGGCAUCAUUUAUCCAACAGAUAAAUAAGUUGUUCGUGGACGUCACAAUUAAUUGGUUCUCGUGUCCAGCAAUUACAUCCUGAGUAUUUCGAACAUUCAUUUGUUACAUUUUUUUAAUGCUUAAAUAAUGGGCUUUGUAGACUUCCGUAUAGCCUGGACAGAUUUGUAAAUGUAUAAACACUGCUUCCUGGUGGUCAAUCUCUGGUAAUAAACGUUGCGACAUGCUUUAGUUAAAUUGAACAAUCCUCUCGAAUAAAAUGCAGCGGGUUCCAUUUAUGUUUCAAAAUGGAGUUAUUGUUGAUUAUUACAACGGCUUUACUGCAUGUGCUUGUUUUUUUAUUUAUUAAAUAAAAGUCCCGUUGUAACAUGUUGA